CCAGAAUCCGGGCCAGCUUGAUUGACUAGAGCUUGAAGAGCAGCAUGGUUUGAAAUGGCAACUCUUCCUUCUGGAUGUCCAGUUUAAGAGAGGCACAGCUGUAACCGUCUCGUCUGUUGGACACGCAUUUGAACUGUCCGUCCAAUCCUAGGCUCCUAUGAGCCAGAGUGUCAUUUUCUCCGUUUUUGCCAUUCUGCGCUGGAUCAUCCAACACUGUCUUUGUCCUGACUCGGUCGUACCGUAUCUCGCUGUGGGAGAUAUCCGUGGACAGCGCGAUGACUUCCGUCUCCUCGCGCCAGCUACUGGCUCUCGAUAGAGGUCUGAAAAGAGGCUGGACAAAGUCAAAGAUUGGUGACUAUAUCGUCCACAGGGCUUCUUAACUUUGUCACUGGCGGUCUUGGUCAAUCUCCCAAGGUGGACAUUGACACGAUGGCCACCUAACAAGAGUCCCGCAAUCCAUGCCAAUCGACUCUCCAUAAUCUGACGAGGGAUGUAACCACAGCAUCGAUAACAGUUCCAGGAUAGUCGUGACACAAUAUCGCUGUCGCAGCAACAGUGACCGCGUAUCAGCUACCUUGGCCUGCUUAGUGUCUUGCCUCGUGCUAGAGUGCCGAGCACCCGGUGUCUCUGGCAUGGACCGGAAGUUGUCUCGAUGGACGACCUCCACUGGAAGGGUCCGGCGUUGUUACUAUCGCAAGAAACUGCGCAAUAUCGCCUUCAAGUUGGGAGUGGUCCCUCCUUCAAACAGCCCAGGCCUUCCUGGGCCCUAGGUGCCCUUCGGCUGUAGCGCUCUGUUUCUAGUGUUGCGGACCGACUUCCAGAUUCCCUCCAGGUCCGUUGCGUCCUUGUUGCGGUCGAUGUGGGAGAACGGCACCGCUGGUACAGUUGCUAGCCUGGAGGCCUUCUCAGUACUUCGAAAAGGGGCCGUGGGGCCACCACCAGCUGCCGGAACAAAAGACCUUUUUAAUAUUUCGAGUACACGGCGGCCUCUGCAACAGCAAAAUACUAGCUGUACGUUGAGGUUGUGGUACCCAUCUCUCACUCGGACAACCCGAACUCUCUUCCGCAACAAAAGUUGUUCAAACUCACCACUCUUUGAAUAUAGCGGUCUCCCGGGUACUUCGAAAAGGGGCCAUGGGGCCACCACCAGCUGCCGGAACAAAAGACCUUUUCAUUGUUUCGAGGAUACAGCGGCCUCCCAGGCAUCAAAGUCCUAGCUGUUUGGGGAGGUACCCCAUCUCUAACUCGGAGAACCCUGUUCCACCACAGAACAAGUUCAAGUUCAAAUUCACCACCGUGUUGAAUACGGCGGUCUCCUGGGUCCUUCAAAAGGGGGCCCUGGGGCCACCACCAGCUGCCGGAACAAAGGCCUUGUGAUGAUUUCGAGCAUACGCUGGAAGCCUGCGGAAUCAAUGGAUAGAUACUUGUCGACGCUCGACUUCGACGAGCACCAUCACAUCAGGUCACGCCGCAUCAUAGCCCAGAGUCGAUUUGGUCAAUUGGUCCAAGUCGAGUGUAAUCGCCCCAGGUCUGGCACAAGUCGGUGACCUCGCUUGGCGUCUGGAUAUUGGCAAUAUCAUCCGGGUGCUCCAAGAUAUUGAGAUAUAAUCCACCACUGACAUGCCACGCAAUAUGGCAAUGAAAAGGCCAUACGCCCGGAUUAUCCGCGUCGAUCUGGAGCACCAUGUAUCCCGGAUUGCCCGACGCGUCGGCAGGUCGGAGCAGCUGGGUAUCCCUCCUCAUGGGAUUCUCAGGUCUGACGAUUGUGCCGUCCCAUUCGCCCAUCCCUUCGGCCAACAGGUACAUGUUGUGUCCGUGCAUAUGCAUGGGAUGAGGAAUGGGGGACAAAUUCCUCAGAAUGAUGCGGAUGGAGCUUGCAUUGCCGAAAUCAAACACGUUCCACUCCGUAGGAAACUGUAAUGUCCCAUUGUUGGUGUUGCUGGCAUUUUCCUGCGUCCGAACUAGAACCGGGUCAUUGUAGCACGUGCGGAAGGUCGAGUUGUUCAUGGUCCAGACCAGGUGACCCGUGGCAUUCAGGCCAAAGUUGAGAUCAACCGAAAUCUCGUUGGCCGGCGUACUGGGUGGUGAGAUGGGAAAGUAUGGCGUGGUUAGACUGAGAGCGUCAUUGGCACAAUGGUCGACACCAGUCGGGGUAGUGUCAGGCCAUGCUGUCGUGUUGGGUUUGCUGUAGACAUCCGCCUUUUCGUAGUACACCAUUGCGUAUCCGUACGGUUGGUUAGUGAGGGAACAAUUGCUGAUGACCGUGCGCAUCCAGACUGCAUCGGUGGAAGCCCCACUUGCUUCGACGACGACAUCUGCUCGUUGUCCAGCGCCCAAUGUAACAAUUUGUGUCGUGUACGGCACAAUGGGCACAAAAU